GUGCAGCGGGGUGGAGUGGAUAGUGUUAUCCCUUUGGGGGAGAAAGAGAUAAGAAAUGUGGCUUCUGCAACUUCCUCCAAAAAUCUCAACCCCAUUUCUGAACGGACAUGGCCAUGCCUCGCCCCUUCUCUCCAAACCAACUUCAUCAGCGACUGUGACACAUUUCCCACGACCGAAUUUGGUCCCUCAGAUAAGGGCGAUGAAGUCAAUGCAGGGAAAGGUGGUGUGUUCCACCAACGACAAGACGGUGGCAGUUGAAGUGGUUCGGUUGGCACCACACCCAAAGUACAAGAGGCGCGUGAGGAAGAAGAAGAAGUAUCAGGCCCACGACCCAGAUAACCAAUUCCAGGUGGGCGACACAGUCCAACUCCAAAAGACCAGGCCCAUCAGCAAGACCAAAACUUUUCUCGCUCUCCCCGUUCGUAACAGUAAUUUGACACAAACUAAUUCAAAUUGAAAAAUGGAUAUUGUUAUAGAGAGAACGUAGAUUGGUUAUUGUACCCUCCAAGUGUUUGAUGAAAUGUCGGAUUUGGCUAUUGAUAAACCUCCAAAUGCGAAACUAUGGCAAUGUUAUAUUUGAGAACCUCAAUUGUUCAAUGCUUAUUGUGUCCAAUACUGUUUGACGUUUAGGUUUCUGAUGGCAAGAUUUCCUUUGUAAAU